AUGUCUUUCUCUCCUUCUAGCAACGCGCUGGCGCUGAAGCGCAAAUUGCAGCAAGCGGAGCCUGCGGCCAAGCGACAUCAUCUCCAAGGCUACGACCCGCAGGCUCCAUGGCUAUCAGAGACGAAAUCGCCAAAUGGCUGGCGUACCCUUGGCAACCGGGCCGUUCAGAACUCGCUGCCCCUGGCUAAUAUGGUCUCUGCCGUUCAGGAUCUGAUCGACCCAGACUUUGAUCCGUUGACUGCUCUGUUGGAUGAGGAGCCCCGAUUUUUGAAGCCGCUGCCAGAUCGCAUAUGCCCGGAAGAUCUGGAGUUCUUGCGUUUCCGCGGGGCGCUUUCGAUCCCAGAGAUUGGUCUGCGCAAUGAGCUGCUGCGGUCAUAUGUUCAGUGGGUACACAGUUUCAUGCCUGUGUUGAAUCUGCAGGAGUUUUUGCGAUGCGUGGCGGAGAAUGAUCCAAACGGAAACGUCAGCGUUCUUCUUUUCCAGGCGGUGAUGUUUGUUGGGACGGCUUUUAUCGACCUGAAGCACUUGCAAGCCGCGGGGUACUCGACGAGGAAAAGUGCGCGAAAUGCCUUCUUCACUCGAUUAAGACUUCUUUACUCCCUUGAAUGUGAAGAGGAUCGUAUUGUUAUUCUCCAAACGCUUUUAUUGAUGACCUACUGGUCCGACCCCGAAAACAGCCCGCAGCGAGACAUAUGGGACUGGAUUGGAGUUUGCAAUACGCAAGCACACUCUAUCGGUCUAAAUACAGACCCCGCCUCGAUUGAUUUGGAUAUUCGGACUCGACGAUUACGAAGUCGCAUCUGGUGGUGCUUGUACUCCCGAGACCGUCUGAUCGCCAUGGGGAUGCGACGCCCGCUACAAGUGAACGAGGGGACAAGCAACGUACCAAUGUUAAGGAUGGAGGAUUUUGACUUCGAGCCGUUUUGCUCUUCUGCAGUGGCUCUCUUCCGCUGUCGACAGCUAGAAGAUGUGUCGCAUCAGAAGCGCCUGGCAACCAUGUUCAUCGAGAAAGCGAAGCUUUGUCAGUGCAUUGGUCGAGUACUAUUUGCACAGUAUGCACCAUCACAGCGUCAGCUCGGAGCCACUGACCGCACCACUGUGACUUUGGUUCCUCGUCAAGCCUCCGAGUCUGAGUUCACACGAUGCACUCAGAAACUGGACUCGUGGCUGAGUGGUCUUCCGAAAGAUGCCCAGUUUAUCCCGCAAUCGAAAGACAACUUCCGCGAUGGUGAGGAUGUGCUACUUCUCCACGGCGCCAUGCUUCGCAUGCUCUUCCAUGCGACUACAAGCGCACUGCACAGACCCUGGGCAGCUGCCUCGAAAGACCAGUCCAAAUCUCGUGUUGAGAUGCGCAAUACGGCCCGCACUAAGAUGCAAGACGCCGCCGCCGGCAUUACACAUAUCAUCCAAGGCCUCAACCAGCUUAACCUUACACGAUUCCUCCCCCAAUCCGGCGUGACAGUAAUUCUCCCAGCCGCCGUCGCCCACCUCUCAAACUCCAUGUCUGACAAUCCCGCCAUCCGUGAAAGCAGCAUCUCCAACUUCCAUCGCUGCAUCCAAGUCCUCCACUGUCUAAAAGAUAUCUACCCAGCCGCCAACAUCGAAUUCGCCAACCUCGAAGCCGCAACCAAAGCCCAAUCCGCCAACUGCAGCUCCAACACAUUCUUCCAGAUAAUGCAAUACAACUUCGCACCGCCCACACCACCCACAAACCCCAACCCCCGAAGACCAAGCGCAGACCCCAUCGCCUCACCCCGUCCCCGAGCACAAUCCCAAUCCACAAUACCCAACCAUGAGCACCAACUCCACCGCAAACAAAGCACGCAUGGAAGCCCCUCAAACUCAAACCCACCUCGCCGCUCCUUCCCAAACGACUUCGACGACCAUUUCGCCGAAACAACAUCCCCCGAAAACCCAUUCAACUUCUUCACCAUCGACUUCGACACUUUCCCCAUUAUGUCCAAUACCACGGAGCCACCCCUCUCACCCUCACACGAUCUAGAUGGCAUCGACUGGACACAGGCAUUAUUCCGAGGAAAUCUCCCAGAGCUCGAUAAGGAUUCUCCUUUCGAGAGGAAAAACAACACGCAGCAGGAACAGGAGCAGGAGCAGGAUCUCUUUGCUUUUGCCUUGAAGGAUGAUGAUGGGAUGAGGUCUGCCACGGCGCAUCAUGAUAUCACCGGUGAUUUGGAUCGCGAUUUGGGGUUUCAGACUGGGGAUGAGGGAUUUUAG